AUGGAUACGAACGCAGGAACCGCGUGCUCAGUGCUUGGCCCGCCAGAAUUCCCCAAUCAUCGAUCUGAUAGUCGCCAUGAUGAACCCCGAAGACAGCCCGCCGGCUUCUUGUUUGUCGAUUAUCAGGACCAGGCUUCCCACGGCCCAACGUUGGCCAAGAAGAAGCAGGCCUUCAUCAAGAAGGUCUAUCAUCAGUCCAAAAAGGAACGACGACUGCAAAAGCUGAAAGCUUCCAUCGGCCCGCUGCCGACCCAGCGGGCCAACCCAUCAAUCCUUCCGCCAAACCCAAGAUCCCCCACAUUCCCCAUCGAACAAUACGAGGGAGGAUCCAGCUCCUUCGACCGAGCGUUGCGGCCCGCUGGGAUUGAUCCCUUUGCUUCGCUCUGCGUGCCUGCCAAGACCAGUGUGGAUUUUUACUUUGACCACUACCGGACCGAAUGUUCCUGGUCGAUUUAUCCCUUCGGAGCGACGGGCGUAAGCAUGUGGUGGUGGCAGCAGUCAAUCGAGCAGCCGGCCCUCUUGUACAUCAUCCUGGCAACCAGUGCCUCCCACCGAGCCGGCCGGGGCCUCAUUGCACAGGCCCCCAAGGCCGCCCGAGAUUCUUAUCGGGAUUCCCUAGAGUACCGGCAAAAGACUCUAACAGGACUCCAGAGCAUGAUGCAGAUUCCAGGCACGAGCACAAGUUUACUUCGGUCUAUGGCAGUGAUCAUCGCCCAUAUGAUCUGCGUAGAGGCCGCAGAUACCAAUUUGGAAGCCGUAGACGGCCAUGUGCGCGGGCUGAUCAAGAUAGUUCAUCUGGUGGGCGGCCUUGAUACGUUCAGUGACGCAGACGCUCCCAUUAUCUACAGUGCCAAUUUUAUGAGCGCAGCUGCCAGAGGCUCGGCACCGCCCUUGCCGAUAACCAUGGCUUGGAAAGCUAGAGUACUUGAAAGCUUGUAUAGCCUGACUGCGACCGACGACGCCCUGCACGCUUCUUCAAUCGGCUUUCGCUUCUUCAACUCACCGUGGUCACAAGCAAUCCUUCCUAGUUUGCGAUCUAUUAUCAAGCUGUUCCGAAAAACCACGCACUACAUGUGUACUACUGGACCAGUGGAGGAAGCUCCUGUACUCAACGACUGGUUGGUCUACACAGCCCAACAGUUGUUGUUGAUCGCCCCAGUCUGCGUGCCCUCUGACUUGCAGGAGUGCCUGCGACUAUCAGUACUGCUCUUCGCCGCAGUCCAAGUCUGGGGCUUUCAGGGCUUGCUAUUCCUAAAUCAUCCCGUACUGGCUUUCCACUGCCGCUUGGAAACUGCGCUUCUCUCUAUUCAACGCAUGGCGCCCGAUUUAGCUUUCUGGAUGCUCUUCACCGGCGGGAUUGCAGCAAUGGGCCAUUAUAGUCGUGGAUGGUUCGUAGACCGCCUCGCCUCGGUCGCCGGCCAACUAUGCCUCACCACGUGGGACAGCGCGCGGACCUUGUUAGAACAGUUUCUCUUCUUCUCUCGGCCUACUGAUACCCGCGCUGAGAUACUCUGGAGGGAAGUAGAAAGGCAACAGUCUUUGUUGCCGGGUGCGUAA